UAGUUUAUUGAAUGAAACAUCCGCAACUGUAUUACGUUGCGCUCGGCAGUAAGAUUUCACAAGUCGUGCGUGCCACAUGACUAAGCUAGCAACCGAUCGAUAAGUUUUCAUUUAACCGGCGAAAAACACCACCAAAGCGGUUUACAACGGAAAUGCCUUUCGCAAGUGCACGCAGAGCAUUUUCACUGUGGUUUUUCUGGAUGCUACUACUGUUGGGCGCGUACGAAACGCAGUUGGCUUCAGUGCCGCAAGUGCAAUUGCAUGAGCAAAAAAUCUCGCAAGCCAACAACACCGACUAUGUGCGUGAUGUAAUGCGUCAGGCCAAAUCGGCUGAAAUGCGCAACUACAUGCAAGCGGAGGCGGACGCGUGUGACGACUUCUUUAAGUAUGCCUGUGGCACUUGGGAAAAAAUCAAUCCGACAGAUGUGCAUAAUGUGUUGGAGACAAACUUUUUCGCCUUGCUACUUAGCACCUACAAUCAAAAACAGUUGAAAGUGUUGUUGGAGGUGCCACAAAAGAACGACGAUGAAGUUACAGCGAAGGUGAAGACUUUCUUUGGCGCUUGUCGGCAGUUCGUGGGCAAGCCGAAUGAACGCUACAAAUUGGAGUUAUGGGAGAUUGCUGAAGAGUUUGGACAGAUGCCAGCGCUCAUGCCGGAAGGCACAUGGGAGGCCAGCGAAUUCGAUUGGUCGGUGACAAUUGGCCGCAUACAAAAUAAAUACGGACUGGAUGUAAUACUGCAGCUGAGUAUGCGAGAGGACUUUGUGAAUAACAGUGUGCAUAAAUUAUUCAUUGGUCAGCCAGCGUUGGCGUUACAAAGUAGAGCCAUGUACAAAAGUCCGGCAACAAAAUGGUAUCGCGACAAAUAUGAAAAGGAGAUAGAGCAAGAUUUGCAGCGCUAUUUGGGUAUUAACGAAGCGGUGGCAAAGCAGACGGCGCGUGAAAUUCUUUAUUUCGAAUCGAGAUUGGCCGAUGGCAUGCUGGACAAGCAUUUGGGUAAAACGCUAAAAUCCAUGGCUGUGCUGAGAACUGUCGACGAAAUGCAAGCGGUAUAUGAGGGCGUCAUAGAUGUGCGUGCGUAUUUGAACAUCAGUUUGGGGCAAGAAUUCAAUGAGACCUUCUACGAAUAUCAUGUGGAAUACCAAAGGAAUCUGGUGCAGAUGCUCAAAGAGAUACCCAAAGCGCAAGUAGCAAACUAUAUCUUGUACCAAUUACUUAAAACAUUCUUUCUCGAUUAUAACGCAACGAAUGGCGUCAAGGAGAAGCUGUGCUUGGACAAAACAAAAUUAUAUUUCUCCAAAGUGCUGGACAACAUCAUCUUCCGCAAAUACAACAAUGAGAAAACAAUAGCGGAUAUUAACGGCAUCUGGCUGAAAAUCAAAGAGAUUUUCAAAGAAGAACUGGAAACUGAUAGCUUAAAUUGGAUGUCGGCAAUAACACGAAAAGUGGCACUAGAUAAGUUAGACGCCAUGCGAUUAGACAUCAACUCACAUGAAAUAUCAGAAUUCACAGAGGAAUUCGCCAAUUUGACGCUUAGCCAAACGGACUACAUCGGAAAUUUGAACAAAGUGCUCGCUCACAAAACCAAACACUCUUGGACCGCGUUUCGACACACAAGCGAACCACUGGAAAUGCCCACCGCGCUCUCAUUCUCGCCCACCUACAGCACCAAAGAGAAUUUAAUAAGGAUUCCCGUUAUGCUGCUACAGCCCUACUUUCUCUGGUCCGACUAUUAUCCGAAUGCGCUUAAAUUUGGCACGCUCGGUUAUUUGGUGGCGCAUGAGCUCAUACAUGGCUUUGACGAUGUGGGCCGCAACUUCGAUGCUACCGGCAAUGAACAAUCGUGGUGGGACAACAAUUCAACAGAAGCUUUUGCGGAGCGCAAAAAGUGUUUCAAACGUCAAUAUUCGCUCUAUCGCUACAAUGGCAAAUAUCUGCCACAAAGCGAACUGCAAGCAGAAAAUAUCGCCGACAAUGGUGGCAUACAACUGGCCUACAAGGCUUACCAGAAGUGGCUCACAGGCCUGAACGAGACCACAAGCGGAGAGCGCGAGCAGCUGUUGGCGUUGGAAACACUACCAAAUUUGAGCUUAACAAAUCAUCAGCUAUUUUUUCUCGCUUUUGCUCAGUAUUGGUGUAAUGAUGUUGACGCCUUCUAUAGGGACAAAGUUUCUUUGCUAAGCACACAUGCGCCGGCGAAAUUUCGUGUGAUUGGCUCUUUGGCGAAUUUCCCGACUUUCGCCGAGGAGUUUCAGUGCGCCAGUGGUACUUCAAUGAAUCCAAAGCAGAAGUGUAAAAUUUAUUAAAAAUGCAUUCACACGCUGGCUGCACUUAAGUGCCUGAGUAUAUGCGGAGAACGAGCGACAUACAUGCGAACAUAUGUAUGUAUGUACAGGGUGGCGCAAAAUUAAUCAUCCAAUUUGUUUUUGAAUAACCUUUUUAGUAAAUAAAAAGAAAUGAUUUUGAGUGAUGGAAAUCUUUAUUUUGAUUUGAUUUCGAUCGUCUGUUUGUAAGCUGCAGCUGUCUUGUUCUUAAGUGUCAAAUUCGAUUGAUAUACGACUCCAUUUGUAAAAAUUAUUAAGGGUGGUUAAGUUUUAAGGGCCGGUGUUAAUUUUGAAUAAAAUACAAUUUUUUUAGAAAAUUAUUGUAAUUUCUCUUUAUUAUGAUAAUAUUGGUAAGGCUGAAUUACGUAUGGAACAAAAUAUCGGUCAAAUACCCGUUGCGGCCUCGGCGGCACACCUCCAUCCGAUAGUCCAAAUUUUCGAUGACACUGAGGCAUAAUUGAGGCUCUAUGCCGUCGACGUACCCCUUUUCUUUCAAAUAACCUCAAAGAAAGAAGUUCAGCGGUGUCAAAUCACAUUAUCUUGGCGGCCAAUUGACAUCGCCGCGACGUGAGAUUAUUCGGCCAUCAAAUUUGCCGCGCAAAAGAGCCAUUGUUUCGUUAGCUGUGUGACAAGUGGCACCGUCCUGUUGAAACCACAUAUCGUCCACAUCCACACUAUUCACAAUAACGGCCUGACCGGCCUCAUUUUGGAAAAAAUACGGCCCAAUGAUGCCGCCGGCCCAUAAAUCGCACCACACAGUCACUCUUUGUGGGUGCAUUGGUUUUUCGGCAAUCACUCUUGGAUUAUCAAUCGCCCAAUUGCGGCAAUUCUGCUUAUUGACGAAUCCACUGAGGUGAAAUAGUGCCUCAUCACUGAAGAUGAGUUUCUUCGAAAAGUGCGCGGUAUGCAUUUUGGUUUGAACGCCCGUUUUCAUAAUAAGCCUGAAUAACUUUAACGCGUUGCUCGACUAUGUAUCUUUCCAUGGUUCAAAUUGAGUUAGACUGAAAUUGAAAAAUGUCAAAUAAAAUGCAGAAAAAACUUGACGUUUAGGUGUGGUUUACAUUCAACAUUGGCCCUUGGAAUUUAACCACCCUUUAUAUCGUCCGAUAGGGCGAUUAAUUUUGCGUCGCCUUGUGCAUACUGGUUGCAAGCAUAACUGAGUACAUGAUGAUUUUUUUAAUAUUUAAAAUGUUUUUCGUGUUUUUUUUCAAAUUU